AUGGUGGUAUUUGUCGACUUAGAUCGCGAUGACUCCUUCUCCGAGCAUGAUCAUCACGGCUCGGCGCUCUCUUUGGAGAAGCCAUUCCCUGCUAAACUGACGGUCGCACCCAUUCCAACCGCGGAGUCGUCUGAACUCUUACCCUCCCCAACCUCGUCCGAUGACGACCGCGAUGCGGAGAACAAAGCAUCCGACGUCGAGAAUCCUAAUAGGAAUGCGUUCUCGGCCGCGUUGACCUGCUACCCCAUUGUCAAGGAAAUUGCACGAGCCGUCGAUCUGAAUACCCUCCACGCUUUAUCUCGAACAUGCCGCCAAUUCCACGUCAACCUGGCGCCGUUCCGGCAUCAGCUCGUUCGGGAGACUCUGCGCUGUGAGAAUGAGUAUAUCGAGACUGUGGCGGAUAUGCUGGACGGCAGUGCUAUAAUUCCGGACAGUGUCAAGUCGGUGCUACAGCUGCUGAGCCAGAGCAGUGGUGGGCCAGGGCGUAUGACACGUGGGAAAGUGGGCAGAUGCGCGCGCGACAUGGUUGGCGAGUGUCGACGCUGCAGCAAGGUCGUGUGCCGGAAUUGCACGAUUAAACCCCCUCCCCAGACCGCCAUGAAGGGUCGCAUCCGUCGUCUCUGCCGACCCUGCGGCAAAGCACCGCUCUCCUGCCAUCUCUCCAAUACACCGCACGAUAUGAACUCUCUCGACACAGGCAGCGGGGACACCGUGGCAGAGGAAAUUGCACGCAGCGCUGGAAUAUGCAACUGCAACGAUGCCCUAUGGCUGUGUCAACAAUGCGGGCAGACCUUGCGCAGCAACGACACCACAUACCGCCGCGUUUGGGCCUGGCGUACGCGAUACAGCACAUAUCUCGGUGGUGGGCUUGGCACCGGCAUCGGCGAGGGCAGCCAGGGCGUGAAAUGUGGUCGUGGUGAGGCAUGUCUUGCCGCGCAAGAGAUCGAACUAGAGGUCGACUGCGAAGCGGACGAAGGGUCCAGUGAUACUAGCAGUCCUGGCCACAGCCCUCCCAGCCACCUGUCGUAUCAUCACGAGCUGGUCUCGACAGAUAGUCAUGACGACGAGGAACCGGGGUACUUCCGUCAGGAGAUCAUUGGUUUGGGUGGGCUGAUGAAACACAAGGCCAAGAAACGAGUUAUGGUGGGUGCUUGUGUAGUGGAGUAUGAGCAUGAGCGGGAGUCGGGAAGAUAUCUCGUGCGUGAAGAGAGUGGUUUACAUCGAGCGUGGUGUGGAUGGUGUUCGAGGGUUAUUCCGGCGAAGAAUGAGAUUGUGCCUCGUUAA